UUGGCUUUGACCAACAAAACUACAUUGCGUGUCUUUCAUAUAAAAUGGGUAUGAGGGUAUCAAGUCAUUCCAGAACGUGACCAAUACUCUUCCAGUUUCUGAUAUUCUUCAAGAAAAUUCCCUGAAACAAGAUAAACCCAUUUCAGAAAACAAAAUUUCUUUUUCUGGGUUUCUUCUGUUAGAGAAAAUAAAUCAUAUAUGUUUAGAUUUGUUUAAAAAUACUGAUAGCUAGAAAUUAUCCACAGACACACGCACAUGGCCUCUUCUGUUCCUUCUUAUUUAACUGCGAUCAAGAAAUCUCACAAGCAAAUAAUUACUACUACUCGUCGUCAAGCCGUGCAAGUUAGAGCCCACAGCUUUAGAGACGAAGGGAGUUCUAGUGACUUGGUUGAAGCAAAUUUGAGUGUUUUAAAAGAGAGGAUAAUGGAAGUGAAGAUGAAGGAGAGACUUGAGAGAUGUUGCAAAUGUGAGUAUGGAUGGAAUUAUUCAUCUGGGUAUAAUUAUAAUUACAAGCUCAAAAAACAAGUGGGUUUAUCUCAAAUUUUUGAUGUUGUAAGUCUGGUUUUUGGAACUAUUGGUUUCACCUGUAUUAGUUGUUCUUUUUCCCUUUUACUUGUUUCUAUUGUAAUUCAUUUGAAUCAAUGAUCAGGUUUUUGCAUUCUUA